GUUUUUAAAGAUUUGAAUAUAUAUUUUUUUAGUUCGUUUCUUUGAAGUUUGACUUGAUUAUUUUGAGCCUCGUUUGCAACCAAUUUGCAACUGAAUCGCUGAAUGUUGAUUAUUAAUAAUAUUAUCUUGAUAUCGUGUUAUGGUGAUAUGAGUCAGAGAUAUUUUUGUAAUAUUUCUACAUACACCAGUUUGAUCUUGAAACAGUGGUUUUGAGUAGUUUUGACUAGAAAAUGAGACAGUUUAUGAUUUUGUUCUCAUUAGUUUAUAUCAUAGACUAUGCACAACCUCUUGAGAAGGAAUUAACAAUAUACAUUGAUCCUGGAACUGAGAGUUGUUUCUAUCAGAAUGCAAAGCAAGGAGAAUCAAUAGAUAUAGAGUAUCAAGUAAUAGAUGGUGGGCACGGAGAUUUGGACAUUACUUUUCGGCUAGUAGAUCCGAAUGGUAGGAUCCUACUAGUUGAUUUGAAGAAGUCUGAGAAUAGUCAUAGAUCUGAUGCAGAGAUACCUGGAGAUUAUAGAUUUUGCUUUGACAAUUCAUUCAGUUCCUAUAACACAAAAACAGUGUUCUUUGAGCUCAUUAUAGACAGUGAAGAUGGUGAUGGUUGGGGAUCUGAUGAAAAAUUUGAUUUCAAUGCUAUUGGUGACAAUGAAAAUUAUGAUAUAAGGAUUGAAGAUGUUCAACAAAUUAUAAACACUAUGAGAGACCAUUUAACAAAAGUACGGAACCUGCAAGAGUUGAUUAAAUCCAGUGAAGCAAGAGAUAGAAAUGUUGCUGAAGAGAACUAUUUCAAAGUGAAUACCUUUUCCAUGGCACAACUGGCUCUGAUGAUCAUAGUGGGUGUGAUCCAGGUUAUAAUGGUCAGAAGUUUGUUUGAUGAUAGAUCCAGGGUCCACAAGCUAUGGAAAAAUCUGAAUAAAGGUCUGCAGAAAUGAAUUAUUUUUUUAUUAUCAUACAGUGUGAACCAAAGAACCAAAGUGAAGGAACCUAAAAUGUCUUUCUUGCUUUUCAUCUCACAGAAAGCAAUAAAAUGUAUCAUUACCAUGAUAAUCUUGAUAAUUAUUAAUGAAUAGUAUGAGUUCUGGUCUAGUCUAUUUGUAUCAACUGUAAGAGAUAUAAGUACCAGGAGAAAGUAUUACCACAAGAAUUGUCCAUGAAAAAUAUGACUUAAGUAAAACUUCUGGUAGGAUAAAUCAGAGUUCCAAGAAAUUAGGAUUUUUUUGCAAAAAAUCGAAAUUGGUUAUUUGUUUUACUAGGCUAGCUUGGCUUGAACUAUCAGCUGCAGCAGUCAAUCAACAUUUGCUGCCAUGUAAAACAUUUAAUUUUUUCUAUUACUUGGAUUGGAAUGUUGAGUAGCAACAAACUUUUCCUGCUUGGGCAGAGAAAGUACACCUUUCCUGCCUGUUGAGUGUCAGAGAAAAGCCACGUUCUAUGCUGCUUGGAGAAAAUCCUGAUUUUUUAUGUAUACUAAUUUUUUUGGUUUUACUGAUUUUGUUCCCAAAUAUGAAAAAAAUGAACUUCAAAAUCAUUAUUUUUCUCUUUUCACCCAAAAAUAUUGGUUGUCUAGCAUCACAGUUGGAAAAGGAAAAAUUUUGGCAGCAUGCUGGGGCUUUCUUGUGUGAGAAAGAAAAUUCGUUUUUUCACUUACACAAUGUUUGUAAAUACUUAUUGUUUUAAAUAAGCUAUCUUUCUUUUGUUGAAUAUGAGAUUUGUUUCCUGGACUUGUUUUUACAGCAAUUAAUAAUUUGAUUUAAAUCAUGAUGAAAAUUGAAAAAAUCUGUUAAAUCAUGAUUUGAUUUAAAUUGUCACAAUCCUGGAAUAGGUAAUGUUGAAUGACUAGCAUUUGUUUAAGCAAAACUAAAUUUAAUUGAGAUUCUUUCUGGUAUCUGCUGUAAUUAAUCAGUUUCAUCAGAGAUAAAAAUCCGGUAGUUGAAACAAACCCCUAUAAUAAAUCCAGGUGAUUAAGUUUCAUUCUUUUAUUUUGUACAUGUACAAUUUCAAAAUUGUUAUCAAAACUAUAAAUUCUAUUCAAAUAUAAUUUGUUUUCUGUUUUAAAGAACUCAUUUCAUUUUGUGCUCUAAAAGAUGAAAAAAAAAAUUAUGUUCCUGAAUGCGGUAGUUGAACGUUCUACUGGUCUAACCAAUAUACAUAUACAGGGUGUCCCAAAAUUACUGGGACAC